AUGGCCAAGCUCAGUUUUCUUCUCUUUUUCACUCUUUCUCUCUUAGUCCUCUCUGCUUCUGCCAGAAAUGUCGCCUCAAAAAAGCUCACAAGCUCUACCUUAGGUCUCGACAAUGGCGUCUUCAAGCCCACAAGGAACUACACCCAUGUCUGUGAUGCUUCAAGGUUUGCAGACCUUGGGCUGGACAUGAAGGACUUUGCCUUCUGCGACUCUUCUCUCUCAUAUGAGAUUAGGGUUAAGGACUUGAUUGACAGGAUGACAUUGGCGGAGAAGGUGCAGCAGAUUGGGGACACCGCUCUUGGGGUGGCGAGGAUUGGACUGCCCAAGUACGAGUGGUGGUCGGAGGCUUUGCACGGCGUGUCGAACGUUGGCCAGCAGGGGAGCGUAGCUAGCUUCUUUGAUGAUGUUGUUCCUGGAGCAACCAGCUUUCCUACUGUUAUUCUCACCACUGCUUCUUUCAAUGAAUCCAUGUGGAAAACCAUUGGCCAGGGGAGCGUAGCUAGCUUCUUUGAUGAUGUUGUUCCUGGAGCAACCAGCUUUCCUACUGUUAUUCUCACCGCUGCUUCUUUCAAUGAAUCCAUGUGGAAAACCAUUGGCGAGGUGAAUCUAUUCAAUGAUUGUGAUUGA